GUAAUCACAGAUUUGGAAUUAGAACGUUGCAUUAAUUCACGUAUUGGCGUGUCAGGCACUGGAAAAGGUAUUACAAGCGGUGAAGCGAAACGUUUAUCAUUUGCUACGGAAAUUUUAACAAAUCCAUCAUUGCUAUUUGCUGAUGAACCAACAACUGGCAUUGAUUCAUUUAUGGCAUAUCAUAUUGUUAAGGUUCUUGAACGAAUGGCAUCCGAAAAUGGUAAAACAAUUAUUUGUACAAUUCAUCAGCCAGCAUCUGAUACAUUUGAAAUGUUUGAUCGAGUAGUUUUCCUUGCUAAUGGAAAAAUCGCCUUUCUUGGUUCACCCUCGGAAGCUUUACGAUUUUAUGCUGAUGUUGGAUAUUCUAUUCCGGCCCACACUAAUCCGGCUGAUUUUUUCAUUCAGACAUUAGCUAUUGUUCCGGGCGAUGAAGAAAAAUGUAUUGAACGUGCCAAUCAAAUUAUUAAUGCGUUUAUGAAAUCUAAAUAUGAAGUAAGAAUGCGUGAAUAUUUGGAACUUGGCAACAAGCAUUUUCAAGCGCAACUCACCGAACGUGCCAAAGCAUCCAUUCCAAUUCUCAUUUAUGCCUUAUUUAUAAGAUCAUUCAAGCAAAACCUAAGAAAUCCAACAUUUUUAUGGGCAAAACUUGUUCAGAAAAUUGUAAUGGGCUUAUUUUUGGGUACAUUAUAUCUACGAACUGAAAUGAAUCAAGAUGGUGUUAUUAAUAUUAGAGGAGCUUUAUUCUAUUAUAUCUCCGAGUUAACAUAUUCAACCAUAUUCGGCAUUCAAACAUUCUUACCGGCUGACUUUCCGUUACUGGUGCGAGAAUAUCACGAUGGCAUAUAUCCUGUCAUAUGUUAUUACUUAUCAACGGUUUCUCCGUCAUAUCCAAUAGCUAUAUCGAUAACAGGGCCAUUAUUAACUCUCCUUUCGAUAACCGGUGGUCUUUAUAGCAAUGUAAGAACGAUUCAUGAAUCAGUACGAUGGGUUCAGUAUUUCAGUUGGUUUCGUUUUGGUUAUGAAUCAUUAAUAAUAAACGAAUUUUUUCACUAUGACAAUAUUAGCUGCUUAUUGUCAAAUGGACAGCCAGCAGCAAUUUGUGAAGAUAGCGGAAAAUCGGUAAUUAAUAAUUUGAAUUUUGAUAUAAAUAAUAUACAUAUAAAUAUGGGUGUUAUGCUAUUCUACGUUUUAUGUGUUUUUAUUAUCGGUUAUAUCGGUCUCGUGUUACGUGUACAGCUUGCUCGUUAA